GGACUCGUGGGUCGAAGGUCGAAAUCCUGUAAAUGGAGGCGCCCGAGGCGGCGGCGGCGGCGGCGGCCGCGGCCGUGGACGGAGACGACGGGAGGAGGCGGAAGGGAAGCUGGUACGCGGUGGGGGAGCGCGCGGUGCUGGUGCCGUACCUGCGGGAGCACGUGCCGCGGUACCACGAGUGGAUGCAGGACCCGGCGCUGCUGGAGGCCACCGCGUCGGAGCCCCUCUCCCUCGACCAGGAGUUCGAGGUCCACCGCUCCUGGACCCUCGACCCUCUCAAACAUACUUUCAUAGUCCUGGAUAAGGAGUUGAUCCAGGGGGAGUUCGUAGUCGGGAACCCGCACACUGAAGCUAUGGUUGGUGAUGUAAACAUCUAUAUGAAUGAUCCUGACGAUAUGCAGCUUGCAGAAAUAGAGAUUAUGAUAGCUGAACAAAAGAGCCGCAGAAAGGGACUUGGUCAAGAAGUAAUCUUAAUGAUGAUGACAUUUGUAGUAGAGAAAUACAGAAUUCACACUUUCAGAGCAAAAAUUAGUGACUCAAAUACUGCAUCACUAAAGCUCUUCAGAAAAUUGGGCUUCAAGGAUGCUUCAUACAGUGCAGUUUUCAAGGAGGUGACACUGGAGGCACCUGCAGUUGAACUUGAAUUGGCCUCUCCUCUGACCAUAGGAAGCUGGUGACAUCUUAUCAUGUGCACCACUAAGCUGUGUCAUGCAGACAUGCAUCAGUGGUUGGUCUUCAUCUACUGGAAGAAGCUAAUUGCGUAGUAUGGGCAUGCUAGGCUGAUGAAUAAUACACUCUUCAUCUGCCAACAACUGCUUUGGACGAUUGCAUAUAGAUAUAGCAAUAACAAGAAGCACCCUGUUUUGGGUUGCUGAGUUGAAGGUGAAGCCAGAUGUUUUGAGCAAGACGUUGCAAGUUCAGAACACAUGGUUGAGGCAUAUGGAACAAUCUGCAGUAAUAUGCAGUAACUUUAGGCGGUUUAAGUGAUGAUAAUGUUACGGUGCUCUUUGUUUA